CAAAGAUGCGCCGUACGCGUUGUACCAGCGCUACUACAUGUCUCGAAGUGAAAACUACGAAGACAUCCGCAGGAUGUUCCCCGAUUACCUGAACGCAUGCAUCGUUUUUCUGAGCAUGCCACGCUCGAAUCAGGAAACCGAGGGUCUCGAUGAAUUCCUCAGUAUGUGCCCCUGCUCAUGCGCCUCGGACGAGAAUACGGCGGAGGCGCUGGAAUGGCUGCACGCAUUCGAGGCCGCUCGUCAGUUCACCCUCCGAGACUUGACUGAAGCGCUCAUCCGUCACCUCGGCGGUGUACUGAAUGAUGCUGUUGUAUCACGGACCGUCGGCGGUACUGUCGCAACGGGUGGCCUCACAAAGCAUCGCAAAAAACAUGCUGGAAGACCUCUUUGGCCCGUGGACCCCAGCCAACUUCUCCCCUUUGGCCUCGAGCAGUCGAUGAAAGGAUACGCCACGUCCUUCCGCUUGUGCCGUCAAGAUAGGUACGAGGAGACCCUUUCGCUCAUCAACAAGCUUCUUGCCAUCUGUGGUCGAACUGUUACCCCGCAUCUCCUUCAGUUCCAGCCUGAAUGGCCAUUGCUCAUUACCAACCUCGCGCUUCGUCUCUGCACAGAGCGCAAUGAAACACUCGGCAAGCCUGUCGAGCUUGGUGUCGAGCUGAACUGGAUGUACGCCCUCUUGCAUAUAGUGGAGCUCUGUCGAAACAUCACGUACGCCGCCAAUCCAUCAGAUAUCGCCCUCUUUGUACGCAUUGCCAUACGGUUCGAAGGCUCGGACAAUGGCACUUGUGGCCUUCUCUUCCUCUGCGAUUUGAUGCUCAACCGCCUACCGCUGUUCCGCGAGGGUACAGUCUUGUUUCCCGACAUCCUCAUCACCGAACUCUCCAAAGGGUUUGCCCGCUUCGGGGCAGCAUUCUACCUUCACAAGCCCACAGACGACACAAGAGUCUACCACCAGUCGAUCCUCCUCCAGCACGCGGAAAUGGAAGCCUGCUUAGAAGACCCUCUGCAGCGCGCCUUCGAGUGCUUCGGCUGGGCGUCCAUGGUGCGACACUGCUCUUUACCAGAGUGCCACGAGACGUUUGCCACCGCCAGCAGGACGUUCGCCCGCUGUGCAGGCUGUGGCGUCCUACGGUACUGCUCCCGCCCGUGCCAGAUACGCGCCUGGAAGCACGCGACGCACCCACACAAGGGGGUCUGCACGAAGCUGCGCGUGCUGAGAGAGCGGACACACCUCCCGCGGGAUCAGGAGCUAGAUCCCCGCCGCGAUCGUCAGCUAUUUAUCGAGGCGUGCGAGGCGGACGAGGGCCUCGCGGCGCUUGCGGAAGACUGCGGGAAGUAUAUGUACGGGUUGGUAACUGCGCGAAGGGACAACAGCAAGCUUUUGGUACCGGAGGCGUUCCUGGCGUUCUGGAAGCCCGACACGCUUUCGCCCGUCCCUACAACUGCCACUGGGGAAUGAUCAUUCUCGGCUCACUGGCGACUGACCUUGUGAUUGAUGCUAUCUUUGGUGCUCAGGCUACGUGUAUCUACGAAGUAUCAGAACCCGAAUGCUCAUUGUUGUUGAUGUUUUGGACU